AUGUCAUCUCCAUCAAGUUCGCCGUUUGCGGAGGUCAUCCACUCACUCGCGGGACUCCGUCAAGAGCACCAUCAAGCGCUGCUGGACAUGAGGGAGGAUCAGGAACGUCGAUUCCGUGCCCUCGUCCAGACGCAGCAAGAGGACCACGAGCUGUUCCGGAGCUGGAUGGAAAAGGAGGUUCGGGCUGGGGGAAGUCCAUCUGCCCCGGCCCUGCCAGCCCACAUGCCUUUGAACAAGUUGGGCCCGCUGGAUGAUCCGGAUGCCUUCGUCGACCUCUUUGAGAGGACCGUGGAGGCAUAUGUUGCCAGGGCGAUUGAGCUGCUGGAAAAAUUGCAGGAGUCAGGUGACGUCCCGGGUCACAAGCUGCAGUCCCUGAAGAAGGUUCUACAGAGCGAGUUCUGCACAGCCAUUAGAGAGGUCUAUCAAUAUAUGCAUGAAACAAUAACAGUGAAUGGCUGUCCAGAGUAUCAAGCACGUGCCACAGCUAAGGCCACAGUGGCGGCAUUUGCAGCAAGUGAGGGUCAUUCUCACCCGCGGGUGGUGGAACUGCCCAAGACAGAUGAGGGGCUUGGCUUCAAUGUGAUGGGCGGAAAAGAGCAGAACUCACCGAUCUACAUCUCCCGCAUCAUCCCAGGGGGCGUGGCUGAGAGGCAUGGGGGUCUUAAGAGAGGUGACCAACUACUGUCUGUCAAUGGAGUGAGUGUCGAGGGUGAACACCACGAAAAAGCAGUGGAGCUACUGAAAGCAGCCAAGGACAGCGUCAAACUGGUGGUGCGUUACACCCCUAAAGUCCUGGAGGAGAUGGAGGCGAGGUUCGAGAAGCUUCGCACCGCCCGCAGACGCCAACAGCAGCAGCUCCUCAUUCAGCAACAGCAGCAGCAAAACCUGGCCGCCCAGCAGAACCACAUGUCGCUAUUCCAAAAGAAGAAAAAGUAGAGGACACUGAGUGAGACUGGCAUACUCUCACAGUCGUGAUGUAAGGAGGUCCAAGAGAUCUCAGAAGAGGACCCUUACUGUUCUGCAGUGAAGACUAUCCUCUUUCAAUCAACUACCUACAACUCAAAAAGGUUGAAAACUCCAUGAUUUGUGUUCCAAAUUGUUGCUAGGAAAAAUGUACAUGAUGGCAUAAAGGAAGGAUAGCACUAAGUACAUGGUUUUACACUUGCUUGUUCAUAUUUCAGUUGUCUGGAACCAAUCCCAAGUUGUGACCCUCUUUAAAAGUCCCUCUUGUAGUUUUGUGAUAAUGUGAUUUCUCAACAUGUAUUUCUUAAGCAUUCAAUGAUUUGUUUUUACUAUCAUUAUAUUUAUGUUGCCACAGUGCUGUACAGUAACUUUUCAAAGGGUUCUUUUGGUGCUGGUGUCUCUGGCGCUUUUUAUGUCAGUCAUCCUUGAUUGGAUAACACUGAGGUAUUUUAUACCAUAUUGUAGCAAGGAAUAUUUUGUAAAGAAAAUAGAUUUAGCAAUAACACUUGUUUUGUCACAUCCUACUGUCAAAUUAUGGUUAAAAAGCCCAUUUUAAGCGUAGAAAUUAAUUGAGGGAAAAGUUGCUACAAAACUGUAUCUUAUGCACCAUGUGACAAAAGUCAGACUAAACCAUAAACAUCGUUUGCACAGAAUGUUCUUAUAAGAUCACUGUAUCACAGUGCCAUUGACAGAGAUUAUCUUGUACAUUUGGCAUAUUGUAUUGGCAGACAUUUAAAGGUAAAGUGUGUCAUUUUUGCAAAUACUUUCUCAGAUUUCACCUUAAUUAAAGUAAACUGCAUUGAUAUAUCAAUUUGUUUGUGCAUCCACCCAGUAGCAUGAGUUUGAGGCAGGACUUCACAUUUGGAAACCAGUAGCAGAAAUGUUUGGAAACGGUCCUUAUUUUCGCAAUUUGUUUUUGUGGCACAGUACUGACACA